AUAUGUACACGCGAAUCACGGCUCUCUAGUAGUGAGUUUAUUGAGCUAGCUGGCCUUUUGCUCCAACAGAACCGAAAGUCAUCGUACUGAAUUUCGAUCGGUUCUUCCCUCGAUCGACCAUGCCUUGCGAUGACAAGGCCAAGUCGAAAGGCCGCCUGCACGCGGUGAACAUCGCCGCCCGCAUCGCCGCUAUGGGGCUUGCGGUGGCCUCGGCGGCUCUCAUGGCUACGGCGAGCCAGUGCACCAUCGUCCUCUACAACGGCGGCCCGGCGCACACCGUCACCUACAGCAACUUCGGCCCCUUCGUCUACCUCGUGGUGGCGAACGCCAUCGCGGCGGUCAUGAUCGGGGUGGCCAUCUUCCUUAGCGUGUGGAAGAAGGGCAGCGGCAAGUGGUCCAAGGCGCUCCUGCCGAUCCUCGACGUCGCCGCCCCAGCGCUGCUCUACUCGGCCACCGGCGCCGCGUUCGCCACCAGCGAGUACCUGUCCUACUGCUCGCCCAACGGCCGGCGCGUCAGCGUCUGCGACGGCGCCCUCGGGGGCACGAGGAACUUCUGCAGCCAGGUGCGCUUGGCCAUGUACAUCUCGCUCGCAGCCGCUGGCGCUGUCUCGGCUGCCGAGCUGGUGAAGAACUUCAAGCUGGGCACACUGUCCUUCGGCGACAGCGACUCCUCCGGCUCCGAAUCUGGCUCCGACGACGGUUGCGCACAUGGAUGCAAGCACUAAGGUUUCUUUCAGCUUAGUUCAGGCUUAUUUUGGUACACGUAUUAAAUUACGUACAAAAAAAUCAUUAGUUGGCUGCUUCGACUGUUUACGACAUUUGAACUGGGCAGUUGUUAUGUGGCCAGUAUAUCUGUAUCUAAGUUACCGUUGGGAAUGAUCGACCUGUUGGUUGUGACGAAUUAUUGUGCUUAUGAUAAAAAUAGAGGCGCUCAUAUUUACACA